AUGGGGCGGCUUCGGACGGCGUGGGUGGCGCGUGAGUCCUUGCGGGAGCUGAAUUUUUUUUUGCGUCAACGAGCCUGGCACUUCACUGCGAGCGGCAAUUAUGCUAUUGCAGCGGAUUACAUUAUUCGCCUUUUGAACCGUCGUCCGAGGGAUCCUGCAGGGCUUCUUUUAGGCGAGGUGGCUGCAAGGUUUUCAAAGCAGGAUGUGUUUGUUGCGAAGUGCAGGGAGGCGCAGCAGCGUCUGUGCGCGCAGAGGGGCGUCGCAGAUGCACUGCAGCUUGUGGCUGAGGAGGCAGAGCGGGAGAAGUUGCGUGCAUUGCUGGCGAAGGCGCGGGAGGCACCGGAGGUUGUGGGUGCUGCUGAGGAGCAAAUCGUUGUUUUGGAAACGGAACCUUUUGUGGAAACGCAAGGCGCUGUGCGCACCAUGGCGCAGCGCGCGGGGGGUUCGCCUCUUGUGGAGCUGCAACAGCCGAAGCAAAGUGUCUACGGCCGGGGGAUUUAUGCCCUGACGCGUAUAUCGUCUGGCACGCCAGUGAUGGUCGACCAGCCAUUUUUUGUGCAGCGGAUGCGGGGUGACGUCUGUGCGCACUGCCUGGCCACGCUUGGUAGGAGCGGUGGUGCCACACGUGGUGUGCCGUGUGGGCAUUGCAACCGGGAGACGUAUUGCAGCGUGGCCUGUCGAGAUGCGGCGUGGCGCGAGUACCACGUCUGCGCCUGUAGCUCCCGCAACAAAAUGUACGCCGCGUGGGAGGAUGCGAUGCGUGAGCGGUUGCUGUCGGAUGACAUGGAGGGGUCGCGUGCGGCCCUUGCCUGUCUUGCCGUGGCCAAACUCUGCGCCCUGUCGACGGUGCAGCAGGUGCACCCACUCGCGUUGCCGCGACUCCGCUCUCUGCGGGGGCGCGCGGACUACGACGCGGCCACAGCCCUCACUGAGGUUGGCGCACUUGCCGUGGCGCUGGCGACGGCGCUCCGCCAGACGCAUCUUUACAUGGAGGAGGUGCUGUCGCUUUUUGCGAUUGUGCAGACAAAUGAGUUUGUGCUUCCAAGCGGCACAGCCCUGUACCAUGGUUACUCACUUCUCAACCACAGCUGCGAGCCAAACUGUGCGCUAGUUGGUUCCGACGCAGCCAACCGUCGUCUCGUGACACUGCGGGAUGUGAAGGAGGGGGAGCAGUUGUUUAUUAAUUAUAACGCCAGCCUCACGACGCGUGCGUCGUACGCCGACCGACGUGCACUUUGUCAGCAACGGCACUUUGAGUGCUUCUGCCUUAAGUGUGUCCGGCGGGAGUGA